AUGCUGGGCUCUGUGCCCACCCAGCUGGUGGCGACUGCAGGCGCCGACGCCACGGUGCGCCUGUGGUGCAGCACCACAGGCCGCCAGCUGCAGCUCCUUACCGGGCACGGCGACAGGGUCUGCCGCCUGUGCUGGAGCCCCUGCGGAUCCCUGCUGGCCAGCACCUCGCUGGAUGGGGCAACCCGCGUCUGGAGUAUGGGCGCUGCUGCCGCCAGCAGCUUGCCGGCAAGCCUGCUGGAGCCGGGCCCAGUGUUUGGCGAAGGUGGUGAUGACGGGCGCGUGAGCUGCCUUGCCUUCAGCCCCGAUGGCGGCCAGCUCGCCACGGGGGCCAGCAGCGGGCAGGUGCGGCUGUGGAGCACAGGCGGUGAGGGCAGUUGCCUGCGGGAGCUCAGCAGGCACGGCGGCCUCGUCUCCUCUGUCUGCUUCUCACCCUGCAGCAGCCUGCUGGCAUCGGCCUCGGGUGAGGUGCUGAAGCGGAGCCGCCAUUCCCUGACUGUCUGGUUUCCCUUCACGUGUGUGUGCCUGGCUGGCUUCCUCCCCUAG